UCUUGAUAUGUGUAUAUUUUGCCAUGUUAAUUAAAGAUUAAUAUAAAUUUGCAUACUAAUAAGAUGUACCUGCUUAUUUAUUUUAUAUAGAAGUCUUGGUUGAAUAUGUGAUACUGCAAAAUAUAGUGUUUUUCAACAUUUUUCAGGGUUGACCAAUAUUUUUAUUUUUACGAUCAUCAGGGUUGAGAAUGCCACUUCACAUAAGUACAUUGUGUAAAAUGGCAGAAAUAGGCUUAGGUACAUUUCAGAUAUUGUUGGAAAUAAUAAUGUCCUAAUACCAAGCCAAAAUUCAUUUAAUAAUUUUUUAUGAAACUGAGAUCAUCAAUUCACAGACAUUCUUAAAAUCAAACAUUCUUAAUAAAAUACAAAGAUACAGUAUUCUUUUUUAAAGUUUUUAAAGUUUUUUUAAAAUGUGUAUAUAUGUGUUUGCAUAAAUUUAUAUACACCAUGUGUGUGCAGGUGCCUAAGAAGGCCAGAAGAGGGCCUCUGAAAUUGGAAUUACAGAUAAUUAUGAGCUACCUGAUGUAGGUUCUGGGAACUGAACCUGGCCCCUUUGCUACAUAGAGCAGCACACACUAUUAACUGCUGAGCUAUCUCUCCAGCCCCAAAGAUGCUGUAAUUUGAUUCUUAUGUACUGAUAGGAAAAUACUAAGUCUUAUAUAUUUCUGUAAGAGCUGAAAACUUUUUAAGUACAGUUGUAAGUACAUACUGUACAUUAUAACACAUUAAUAUUGAAUCUGAGCUGAAGUGUCUCAAGUAGCAUUGGUUGACACUGGGUAGUAUGACAUUAUGUGCAGUACAUAAUGUUCAUAUUGUAUGUUCAGAACCAAGGCUGUAGUGAAGUUGUGUAAUACAACACUGGACAAAUAUUGACAGUAAUACCCGGUGUAUUACACACAUCUUUAUUUCAUAGCAUUUUAAAAAUCAGACAUCUAGCAUGCUUGAAGAUUAGUGACAAAUAAAAACAGGUUAUUAAUGAGUGGGUACCCUUAAGAACUCAACUUUUAUCUAGUGUAUUAUUUGUAUGCACUUAAACACAGUGUCUUUGCUACCAAUUAUUGGUCUCCUUCUUCAGGACUGAAACAAGCCAUUUUAUAGUCUUCUGCUUUAGUCUCCUCCCCCCCCCCCCAUCCCUUCCUCUCUCGCCCUACCCUUGAGUUCUCUGAAUGUAUGACUCAUCCUUAACGUGUAGGUCUUAAAAAGAACUUGUAUCUUGAUGUCAGCAAAAUCUAGAUUGAAAUCCUGGCUCCAAGUUAUUAAUGUGCCAUUGAGUAAAAAGUGCUUUAGUUUUCUGUGCCUCGGUUUCUUUAUUCCUAAGAAUUUAACAAUCCCUACUUUGCAGUGUUUUUAUAAAUCUCCCGGAUUUUUUAUAAUGAUAUCUGAAAGGUUGUGACUUAAUUUCAAACUUUAAUAAACAUGUUUAGUAAGGAUAUAAGUACAGAAAGUCACAGAGAGAGAGAGAGAGAGAGAGGUCCAUUAAGUGGUAUUGCUUAAAAUACUAAUUCUGCAGUUACAUGGCCAUUUGGGAAUGAAGUCUAUUCCAAGUAACAAACUAUCUUCCCUGGAGUUUGAUUUUGAUGCGAGCAUGUUGCAUGUCAGCAGUCAGCUAAUGUGCUGGUAAUUUGGUAGUUUGGAAAGAUUCCUAUAUAAUGAAUAUCUGCUUUCAGAGAUGCUUGUGUACACUCUCCCCUGCUUUUGCAUUUAUGCUGUUGUCGUGUUUUAAGUAGACUUUCUCCUGACAGUGUGUGUUAAUAACUGGAAAAUUCCCUAUCAGUAGACUAGCACCAUCUUGACAAGCCUGUGUUCUGCUUCUACCUUGCUAAUUGUUUCCUUGGGAUUAUUUGGAUUGUGUAGAAAGCCCUUUGCAAAUCCUCUUAUUACUGAAGUCAUUGUUGCCAGCAGGAAUAAGAUUAAAGGUGCUUAAGUCUGUAGAGUUGUUUCUAAUUUGUUCAUGUCAUUUCAUUGGCAUUUUAACAGAACUCUGUCUCCUGUCCCUCCCUUCUCCCCUGGUACUAUCUCAAGUUGGGUCCAAGAUGCCAGACCAUUGGAAGAAAUCUCAUUUUAUCCUCCUAAUUAUUAUGCUGGCACUCCGGAGAUAAUUUUUCCCUUCAUGCACUGCCAAUUAAUAUGCAAAUAAGCUGAUAAAUAUUUAUAUAUUCAUUUAAAUUAUGCAGGGAGUGCUUUCAGUGUAUUCUGUAAAUGAAUUGUUCCUGGACUUCAAAGUGCUAGCUGCUGUGCUAACGAGGAGAGAUUUGCAUAAGGCCCUAAUCACACGCAUACUGAUUAAGCUUCAUUAUGGAAACUGCCAGCUGCAAUCUUUGUUUCUAUUUUAUUACAAAAAGGGGAACUUUUCAUGCUUCAGUUGCCUUGACAAUGUCAGUCCUAGCUGCUAGAAGAGACUAAAACUCCUCUGAGCAACUGAAGUUUCCUUAUUCAGUUGAAGAUUGCUAUGGUGUAACUGAAGUUGUAUUUUGCUUCUCUGUUAAUUCACUUUCCACUCCUCCCACCCUUGUUCUCUUAAGAACCUAGUACAGAUUUGUUAGAAUAGUAGUACCUUCUUUUCCCCACCCCAAACGAUACCUGUUCCUUCUUGCUUUGGAUUGUCUGCACCUCCUGAAGAUUUUACAGCAAUGCUGGACUGCAGUGACUGUGUUCUAGAUUCAAGAAUGAACAAUCCGUCAGAAACCAAUAAGUCAUCUAUGGAGAGUGGAGAUGGCAGCACUGGCACACAAACGAAUGGCCUGGACUUUCAGAAACAGCCUGUGCCUGUUGGAGGAGCAAUCUCAACAGCCCAGGCCCAGGCUUUCCUUGGACAUCUCCACCAGGUCCAGCUCGCUGGGACAAGUUUACAGGCUGCUGCUCAAUCUUUAAACAUUCAGUCCAAAUCUAGUGAAGAAUCGGGGGAUCCACAGCAGCCAAGCCAGCCUUCACAGCAGCAGCCUUCCGUGCAGUCAGCCAUCCCCCAGACCCAGCUAAUGCUGGCGGGGGGGCAGAUAACGGGGCUCACUUUGACAGCGGCCCAGCAGCAGCUACUACUGCAGCAGGCCCAGGCCCAGGCCCAGCUCCUGGCCGCUGCAGUGCAGCAGCACUCGGCCAGCCAACAGCACAAUGCUGCUGGGGCCACCAUCUCAGCCUCCGCUGCCACGCCCAUGACACAGAUCCCCCUGUCGCAGCCCAUACAGAUUGCACAGGAUCUUCAACAAUUGCAACAGCUUCAACAGCAAAAUCUCAACUUGCAACAGUUUGUGUUGGUGCAUCCGACCACCAACUUGCAACCAGCACAGUUUAUCAUCUCACAGACGCCCCAGGGCCAGCAGGGUCUCCUGCAAGCGCAAAAUCUUUUAACGCAACUACCUCAGCAAAGCCAAGCCAACCUCCUACAACCACAGCCAAGCAUCACCCUCACCUCCCAGCCAGCCACCCCAACUCGCACAAUAGCAGCGACCCCAAUUCAGACCCUUCCACAGAGCCAGACGACACCAAAGCGAAUUGAUACUCCCAGCUUGGAGGAGCCCAGUGACCUUGAGGAGCUUGAGCAGUUCGCCAAGACCUUUAAACAAAGACGAAUCAAACUUGGAUUCACUCAGGGUGAUGUUGGGCUCGCUAUGGGGAAAUUAUAUGGAAAUGACUUCAGCCAAACCACCAUCUCUCGCUUUGAAGCCUUGAACCUCAGCUUUAAGAACAUGUGCAAGUUAAAGCCACUUUUAGAGAAGUGGCUAAAUGAUGCAGAGAACCUCUCAUCUGAUUCUACAGCAUCUAGCCCAAGUGCCCUGAAUUCCCCAGGGUUGGGGGCUGAGGGCUUGAAUCGUAGGAGGAAAAAACGCACCAGCAUAGAGACCAACAUCCGUGUGGCCUUAGAGAAGAGUUUCAUGGAGAAUCAAAAGCCUACCUCGGAAGAUAUCACCUUGAUUGCUGAACAGCUUAAUAUGGAAAAGGAGGUGAUUCGUGUUUGGUUUUGUAACCGCCGCCAGAAGGAGAAAAGAAUCAACCCACCAAGCAGUGGUGGGACCAGCAGCUCACCUAUCAAAGCAAUUUUCCCCAGCCCAACCUCACUGGUGGCAACCACUCCAAGCCUUGUGACAAGCAGUACAGCAACUCCCCUCACAGUCAACCCUGUCCUUCCCUUAACCAGCGCUGCAGUGACUAAUCUCUCUCUUACAGGCACUACAGACACCACAUCCAACAACACAGCCACCGUGAUUUCCACAGCACCCCCUGCUUCAUCAGCAGUCACAUCUCCCUCCUUGAGUCCCUCCCCUUCUGCCUCAGCCUCCACCUCUGAGGCCUCUAGUGCCAGUGAGACCAGCACAACACAGACCACCUCCACGCCUCUUCCCUCCCCUCUCGGGGCCAGCCAGGUGAUGGUGACAGCAUCUGGCUUGCAAACAGCAGCUGCUGCUGCUCUCCAAGGAGCUGCACAGUUGCCAGCAAAUGCCAGUCUUGCUGCCAUGGCUGCUGCUGCAGGACUCAACCCAGGCCUGAUGGCACCCUCACAGUUUGCUGCUGGCGGUGCCUUACUCAGUCUCAAUCCGGGGACUCUGGGUGGUGCUCUCAGCCCAGCCCUAAUGAGCAACAGUACACUGGCUACCAUUCAAGCUCUUGCUUCUAGUGGUUCUCUUCCAAUAACGUCACUGGAUGCAACUGGGAACCUGGUAUUUGCCAAUGCAGGAGGAGCCCCAAACAUCGUGACUGCCCCUCUGUUCCUGAAUCCUCAGAACCUCUCUCUGCUCACCAGCAACCCAGUAAGCUUGGUUUCUGCCGCCGCAGCCUCCACAGGGAACUCCGCACCUGCAGCCAGCCUUCAUGCCUCCUCCACCUCUGCUGAGUCCAUCCAGAACUCUCUCUUCACAGUAGCCUCUGCCAGUGGGGCUGCUUCCACCACCACCACUGCCUCCAAGGCACAGUGAGCUGGGCGCAGAGCUGGGCCGCCCCAGGCCUUCAUCACCACAGCAUGAUGGGCUGCCAGCUGUGGAGAAACUGACAAGUGUGAUCGGCUUCCCCCCACCGUGUUGUGAGGAUGAGGGAGACAUGGAGAGAAGAAAAAAUACACAUACCAGGAAAAAAAAAUGGAGACAGGACAUCGUUUGCCUAAUUUUAUAAUAAAACAGUGUCUUUUCAGGAUUGCUUCAUGGAUUGGAGAACUUUCUAACCAAAAAUUUAAAAGAAAAAAAAAAAAACAGACAAAAAUUCAAAAACAGACGGACAAAAAUAAAUGAAAGGACUACUUAUCAUUUCCAGCAGUCAUGAUGACAAGCUAAGGAGGCUUGGUGCAGAAGCUGAAGGCAGUGUGUGCAAACACUCCUCCUCCACACACCCUCCCCAUCAGGUGGUGCCUUUGGAGUACUCGUGUAGGAAGGAAUUCCUGCUGAACUGUAGCGCUCACUCCCCUAAUCAUCCAGCAGCCCUGAGCCCAACAGUGCUGCUUUCUGCUACUUUGAAUGGGAACAGCUGUGCCUGUUGCAGGGCAGGGUUUGGUUCCGAAGAGCAAAGACUACUGCAGACACCUGACUUGGUGGUUCUCCUGAUUUCUAUCUCUUAAAAAAAAUGCUCCUACUGUUGAUGUUUGUUUGUUUGUUUGUUUGUUUGCUUGUUGGUUUGUUUUCAUUUUAUGGAGAUUUUCCAUCCAAACUUCCUUUGACUUUCUUAGUCAAGAUCAAAUUGACUUACUGAAAUUGGGAAAGAAUUCUCUUCUUUGUUUUCUAAAGAAAUUGUUUGACUGUUUUCUACUAGUUACAUAUCCCAAAAAAGUCACUAUAGAGUCUGAAUUUGCCACCUUUACCUCUAGAGCAGCAGUUCUCAACCUGAAAGUCUCGACCCCUUAGGGGGUCAAACAGCUGUUUCAUGGGGUCACCUGAGACCAUCUGCAUAUCAGACAUUUACAUUAUAAUUCAUAACAGUAGCAAAAUGACAGUUAAGAAGUAUCAGUGAAAAUAACUUUAUGGUUGGGGGGUCACCACAACAUGAGGAACUGUGUUAAAGGGUCGCAGCCUUAGGAAGGUUGAGGACCACUGCUCUAGAGUCACAGACUUCCUGUCCACUGAGUGGCUCAUAAGCUCCUCCAAGCCUCAGAUUUUCCUCAGUUUUCUGACUGACAGAGGUACUUUCCUGACUGAGCAAGGAGUCUAUAGACCCUCAGAGAAAGGCCGAGCAGGAACUUUGCAGCCUGGUAGUGUUAUGGUGCUGCUAGGUGGGUCUGGUGACAGCACGCAUCUCUCACUGGGUGUGAAAAAGUGAUCUGCUCCUGUAAUUGUUUUCAGGGUGUUUCUAGACUACAUAAAUGAGCCCAUUGAAAAGGAAGAGCUUGUGAAAAUGGAUGAAGAUGGAUGAGGGUAAUUUAGAGAGUGAAUUCCCCUUUUGACAAUGCCCUGUUAUUAUACUAUCUGUGCCAGAAUUUUCACCAAUGGCUGGGUCGCUGCAGUGAAGUUCAUCUAAGUUGCCCUUACUGGAGUUAAGGUCCCCAUUGGUGUCGGAGGUGCUUGCUUCGGUCUCUGGUGGUCUGCACUGAGCUGGGGUGACUUUCCUUCUGUUUGCUUCGUGUCCAUGGGAAGCUUGGAUUCUGUGCAUUUGUCUCCACUGUUGCUCAGAAAGACAGUAACACAGACACAAAUGUGUAUCUUUCUUUGUGAUUCAGUUAGAAGAAGGUCAUGUUAAUAUUAAAAGUCAGAAGCAUAUAGGUCCCCCUUUAAGUUUUUCUUUAGUUCCCUUGGUUUCUGUCUUGGAUAUUUAAUUUUUACACCCGAAUUUCUCCUACCCUUAACUUUACUUAAACUCCCUCUAGAAAUCAGUGAACUGCAAGCGGGGGAACUAACAAGUGCUCUGCACCUGUCCUGUAUGGUGUGGGUGUUUUGUUUUGUUUUGUUCUUUAAACUAAGCUUGAACCAAAGUCAAUUUUUAGCAAGCUGCUGUACUAAUGGACUAGUUAUGAUGUGCAGUUCAAACACAUUGAGGAGAUAGAUGCUACUGACAAUUUCUUACUCAUUUUCCUUGAUUAAUUUUAUGUGAAAGUUGCUGCUUGUUUUUAAUCUUUUAUGUUGGUAAGUUGUAAUAUCCUCUGGGCAGACGUUACCUUGAUUUUUAGCUAGUUUGUUUAGGUCAGCGUGUAAAUAGAAAGGCUGUGUCAGUUAAUAACUUCUCUCCUCCCCGUCGGCUCUUUGUUGUUAAUUUAAUCUUUUACCUGGACUUAACUCUAACCUUAGUCUGUGCGUGUGAUUACAGGGCUGUCAAUACUGUUUCUCCUCCUAGCAGAGAAUCCUCUCCCUUGGCAGUGAGGGAGUUAGGAGGGGGAAGAAUUCAGGGAGAGAAAUAUCGAUUACCCACCAUACCAGAUUAGAAGUUAUAGCAUUAAUUCCCAAAAUUGCUACCAAAGGAAAUAUAGAGUCUCAAGGGACUUGGCCCAGGGAGUUGAAAAGGACAGAGAAAGACUGUUUUGCUUAGUCCUAUAUGGUGAAAAGAAUCUUUUUCCUAAAUAAGAUUCCCCACAGACUUGGAUUUUAAAGACGAUACUAAGCUUUAAAUGGCAGCCCAGUGGUUGUCAGCCCCUCCUUUGUCUGUAGUUUCUAGCUGGUUUGAGAAAGGAAUGCUGCCUUUUUAUGUAGUUCAUUUGAGGAUAGACCUCAAAGCCAGCGUAAAUGCGUAUUGAGAAGAAAAAAAAAAAUCUUGAGACAAAGAUAAUUUUAUUUUUUCCUCUCCUUUUUCAUAUAUUCCCAGUGAAGUUGUCAAGUGAAAGGUACUUUCUCCAUGUAUACAUGACACACUACUAACACCCGCUGGUGGGUGUUGAAUUGAAAGUCCUCACCACUCCUCAGUGCUCUGUCAGUCACACCGCUUCACAAACACCUUGGCUGUUUUUCAGUUGAUACCACCUUUUUUUUUUUAAUGAUCUCAAAUGCUUUUUGAAUUAGCAAAAAACUAUCUUUUAAGCUAAAGUACCAGACUUAAAACAUUUAGCUGCCUUUUACGAGGGUGUCUAGAAACUAAAGGGGUCAUUUGAAUAAAAGGCAUUGGGUUGAGUUUCUGCAUUUCCAGAAGAAACACCAGAUAGGUUGUUACAACUCAUUAUUUCAUUCUUCUUUUUUUCCCCUUGACAUUUAUGCACACUUUAUUUCAGCCCUGAAUUUAGUUAACACAUAGUAAACCAAAGACUAAUUUUUAAAUGCAUUUUUAGGGAUACUGUAUUUGCCUGUAAUAACGGGUCCUCCCUGGAGAGUAGUGAAUGUAAUUGUUUAGUCCUGUUAAAGCAAUGCGGUUUGGCAUAAACUUUAUUUAUUCCCUAUGUAAAUCUGAAUGACAACAGAAAGAUCUAUAAGGCUUCUCACAGGAGCAAGAUUACUGUUCUAGGAAUCAGUAGAGUGCUCUGUUAGCUUGAAUGUCUCUGAAGUCCUAUAGGCAGCUCCUUAGAAUGAGGAAACAUUAUUCCUACCCAUUGAUUUCCUUUUAUCUAUUGUCAGGAAGGUCAUUACCAUCCUGUUUAUGUAACUUAUUACUCCAGAAUGGAACCAAAGGAAUCCGGCUUUUAUCUUGUGUAGGACCAACCUAUUUAUACUUCAUAAGCUUUAUUAGAAAUUUUUUAAAGGGACAAUAUCAAUUAAAAGAUUUUGGGUGUGAUCAUCUUGCCAAUUUGUUCUGUAUCAUCAUUCAUUUGUUUUAGGGAAAAAGCACAAUUAUACCUCUUUAAUAUUGUAUCUAUUAUCUAUCCCGCAAUUAUUUGGGAAGAUAGGGGAAAUAAUCUCUUCUUAUCCAGAAGCACAGGUUUUUGCUUGACAGUAUUUCAGUUCAACUUAAAAGAUAACAUUUAACUUGCUGGAAGCGCCAGGUACAUUUGUAAAUAUAGGGAUAUUAUGUUAGAAAGAAUACUAUAGUUCACAGUCUGAAGUUCUUCUCAAGCCAUGCCAUCCUCACCAAACUUCCUUGACCAAGAGAGAAAUAAGAUCACUGAAACAGGAAGCCAUUAGACACUCAUUUGUGUUCCUCCCAAGCUGGGAGAAAUGCCACCCUAGCCUGCAGAAGACAGUUUCCUGCUGGCAGCCUGAGCUGGCCCUGGCCCUGAGGAACUCACAGACCAAUCUACAACCUGAGCACUUGGUAAAGAAGGAAGGGCCUUAGCAACUCAGCAGGAACCUUAAAUUAGUUUCUGAAGUUGAUGAACAUGAAGUGUACUUAUUAGAACUGAAAACAUUAAAGACUACAGUACUAAUGGGCAGAAAAUACUAAAAGACCUGAAACCCAUAAUUAUCCAAGUGGGCAGAAAUUGAUAUAAUAAUUUAUUCAUAAUCAUUAUGAGUUCACUUUGAUUUGUGGGUAUGAACAGCAUUUACCAUGUUAUAUUGUUCAUAUAAAUAUGUCCCUGGCUAUUUUGAAAUUAUUUUCAGAUACUUUAAAAAUAAGACUUAAUAUUAUUUUCAAUUUUGAAGAGGAAAAAAUAAUUCUCUGCUAUUUCUCUGAAACUAAGAGCCACUGUAGGUUUACAUGAUGUACCCACAAUGUACACACAGGCCUAAAUAGAAAAGGCAUAACUAAGUUGCUUUCGUUAUUAAAGGCCAAUGGGAUCCUCUGUGCCGCCUCCUCGUCUUCAUCCAUGGAGAGUAGGUGGAAGGUUCUACAAGGAGUCAGGGAACCUGUUCCUCAGAAGUUGUCCAGGCUGCACCCAGUAUCUGAGAUCUUCUCUAAGAUUUGUGACUAGGAUCUUCUCUAAGCGACGUUCUAGUCACGAAGUAGUUCCUUAUUUUGACUUUCCUGCUCUUGGCCUUGACUAAAGCAGUGAGCUUGAGUGAAUCAUGUGUCAGCUCUGUGAUCUGGAUCUCUCACCUCUUUUCCUUUCCUUCUUUCUCUCUUUGAAUGGUGGUACCUUAAUCUGUGAGAAUAAUGCUCGUGGGUAACAGCUUCUGGCACCUUCAUAAAAUACCUCAGCAUAGCUUAGCGUUGUUGCAGAACUGGUUUUAGACUUUAAAAGCCAAAUAAGUAAAAGGAAAAAAAAAACUUUAUAAAUAGUGGAAAUAAUUCUAGCUGUAGUAUUUAGUUGAACUAAUGUUUAUUAUGGUUGAUAAAUAUAAUUGAUGCUGUAUGUAUUUGGGAUCCUGUUUAUAGGGUUAGGGAGGGUUGGAGUGGGAGAAAGGAGAAAUUGAUUAUGUUAGAAGGAAAAUAUUGCUCGUAUGUGUUUGUUUUUCUUUAUAUCUGUCUUGCCAAAGGAAACUUGAUCUUCCCUAUGAUUGGGUGGGGGUUUGAGGCCUCUCUGUCAUCUGACGUGCAGCAUAGUAUGCAGAAGCAAGAAGGUGACAUGUGGAGUGUCCAGUAGGUUCAGGGUGCCCAAGGGCAGAUUUGCAACCUUUCCGCAUCUGGCUGCCAUGCCCCGCCCCCCGCCCCCCCAGACCUGCUGGCCUCUCCUGAUGAUCCAUUACCUCCGUACAUAGCUAAAGCCUAGGUGAAGGAAGGAUGUGUGCAUGUCCAGUGUGCAGAUGAAAGGAGACAGAUAGACAUGUACCCAAGGAAAUGGGAGAGGGAUGGAGAGGUAAGGGAUAGAUCUUGAUCUAGGAAAAUUAAGGUGAAAUCAGUCAUCCUCUGUCACGUUAGUGAAUGCUGUGCUAGUAGUCGUCCGAUAUUUUUAAAACCUUAUUUCCUUUUCUUAUGCCAAGGAUAAUUCUGUCUAGACCAAAAGACAAACAAAAGAAAACUCAAAUCAAGAAGUUUAAAGCUAACCUCACACUUGGCACCUGUAAUAAGGUGUGGCAUUUAAGGAUUGGUUUAUGAGACAGAAGAAGAAAGAGAUGAUGUUGGUUUAGGGAAAAAAUAAAAACCUUUCUCCCCUCAUUCUGAGACAGACUUUCUUGGCUCCCUGAGUUCUGAUACAAACUAUAUCUCAAUUAUUUUUUUAAUAAAUGUUCCAUCUCACAGAACUUGAGUGAGAUUUGAUUUUGAUACCAAAGACACUGCUAUACCAUUGCUUAUUGUAAAGCUUUCCAAACAGUCAGAGGGUAGAGCAAAACGCUAACGUUGGGAAAAGCUUUACCUUGUCUCUGUUCUUCCCAUUUCCUUCACGCCUUCCUCACUUUUUGAAAGAUGUCUUAUUGGUCAUUCUGUCUUUGGAAAGAGAUUGAUUUUAUCCCUCCCUGCUGCUCUGUGAACGUGGGUAGAAUUGCUCAGCAUUAUAGUGAUAUUCUUGCCGAGAAAGAAACCAGAGGAGUGCAAAAAUAGUAGUAGAUUUUUUUAUUUCCCUUUAUCUAAUUCUUACAAAUAAAACUAGCCCCUCCCACCUGUUAGAUAACAGUCAAUAUUCAGUUAUGAAGAACAGACUUCAUGAAAGCCGAGUGGUGUCUCCUUACUCUCCUGUAGAGCUGUUUGCUCUACAGUGUUUUUAGGAUAUGGCCUCUGGGAAGUUAAGAAGUUCAUUAUUUAGGCAAACUAUUGAUAAAUGUAGACAGGGAGAGAGGGAAAAGACACAGUGUUUUUAGGAUAUGGCCUCUGGGAAGUUAAGAAGUUCAUUAUUUAGGCAUACUGUUGAUAAAUGUAGACAGGGAGAGAGGGACAAGACACGUUACUAAAAGUCCAACAAGCGAUCAGGUUGCUAAACUUGAUGAAAGCUUUACUUGUUAUUAUUCUGACAUUAAUGUAAAAGUAGUGUUAAUGUUGUGUGACUUUUCAAAGCAUUAGGUAGGUUUAUAUGGUAAUAGGGAUAUUAAAAGUAAGAGCACUUGAAACAAAUGCUGUGGGAAAACAAUGUAUGCAUCAUGAACAUCAUUUCAAAAGACUGAAAGUGAAGCUCCUGGGUUCAGAGAAGGAAACAGUUUAUGAUUCUUGUGUGUCCCUGAGUCUGCCCACACUGCACAGGACUCCACCACCCUUGCCACCUUCUGGUUCAAACCCAGGGCACUGUCAGAAAGUUAACAACCCCAGACUGAUUCACUGGGGGGAAAGGGGAGAAGCUGAGGUCUGCUGUGAAGUUUUCCCAUGUUGUCUUUACUUGUUCAUCACUGUUUAACGUAACCACAACCUCAGAAAGCAGCUCACAGCUUCUUUCCUACAUUGGCAGUGGUGGUGGUCUCCAUCCAUCGCUGUACCCCAAGGUCUACAGGCACAGAGCUACCUACCUACAGUGCUAUUUCAACAAGGAAGGGUCUGUGCAUGGGAGCUCCUCAUGUAAUCUUGUUAGGUAAAAAUGGACAGUCAGUGCCCAUCCAUCCCUGCGGGUGGCUCGGGGUCUGAAAAUUAAAGGAGGAAACACAGUGCAUUUUCCCACAUGGGUGUGGCUGUGUCUCUUAGGAGCACUGUGGUAGGUUGGCUGGGGCCAUGUGUCUUGGGUUCCAUUUCUACGUGAGUCUGCAGAAGGCACAUAUUUUGUAAGAAUGAAGUCAACUAGUUAGUGCUGGCCUGGUUAGGUUUAAAAUCGCAAACAGUGUGGGGGUGGCGUGACACAGUCUUUGCCAAGACUGUGACCAUAUUACAGCAUUGACUUUAGACAAUAUAAAUGGUAAAUGGUGUCUCCUCUUAAGACCAGAUGGGGAGAGAAAGACUUCUUUCCACUCCUUACCUCUGCUUCCAUGGGAAUGUGUGCAUUACUCAGUCCACAGGAGGACUCACCGAGGGAGGUACCCUCUUCCUAGAGUAGGCCUCAGCCAUUCCUCUCCUCUGUGGUAAUAGUGAAGGCUAGGUGAGUAAGUGUGGGGUUUUCUGCCCACCAGUCGUCCAGGAGCUGUCGUAUACCUCAUUUCUAACUCAUGACUAAGUAACUUGCUUUAACUUCCUCUCAGCCCUCCAGAGUUGCCAAGUCUGCCCUCCCUCUUCUCAGCAGCACUGAACUCUGGCCUAUAGCAUCAUAAGACCUGUCGCCUAGGGUGAGACGCCCACCCACCCACCCACCCUAAGCCUCUGAAUGUCUCUGCUUUGAAGCUACUACAAAACUGAGGGCACAUUGCAAUCUUCUGUCUGUUUUUGUUGUCGGGGACCUUCCCGGGUCUGCUGUGUCCCCACCACCUUGCCUUCAAGGACUGCCAGCUCUCCUCCCGCUCUGCCCCAUGUCUCCAACUGCUCGACACAUAACAGCUUCUGUCCUUGCCUUUGCCAAGUGGGGUCCAGGCUGACCUUCCCCUCCGGAGCCUUGCAGUUCUGCUCAUUGCCAGGACUUACUUGGUAGAAAGGACACCAAAGGUUCAUUUAAGCUGACUGCCGCAUAGACAUUUCUCUCAUUUCCUGUGUGACAUGACCAAAAAAAAAAAAAAAGUAUUUAAGUUUAUUAUUAAUAAUAUUAUAAUACUAAUUAUUAUUAUUUGACAAUCUUAUAUCCAAUGGGUUUUUUGGAAGCUGCAUCCCUGGCCCUUUCAACCUUUUCUUUGAAUGUAGUUCUCAACUUGUAAUCCCCACCCCCAAAGUUGGGGGGAAAUAAAAAGCUUAACCAGGUCAGGUCAUCACACUGCUGCUAUAAGCCAGGGGAGGGUGGUUUCUUUGUUUUGUUUUGUUUUUCCAUUUCCAGCCAAAACCAAAGAUUUCUUAAUGAUUGUAUAGACUCAAAACAAACAAAAAAACCAAAGAAAAGGGAAGUCUUCGGCCUCAAUCCAGUCUGUGGCGUCCUGGCACUUAGAGACAUGCCCGAGGGCAGGUAGGGCACCUCUGACCAGCUCAAAAGGGCAAGUAAGCUUUUUUUCCAAGGUGAGAGUUUUGUUCAGGUGCCUGCUCAGUAGUUUUGGCUCUUGCCAGCUUGUGAGCAGAACGUACAUGAAAAAUACUGGCAACAUGAGAUUUUCCAAAACCAAAGCCCAAAGCCCAUCACCACUACAACCCCUCUGACAGCAACCAGGGUCAUCACCAGAACUUAGCAGAGGGCCUUAGAGCCGGGAGCUGCUGCAGAAUGGCCACGGACUCCACAGAAUGGGGACGCUGAAGACACUGGCACAGGACUGGCUGCUCUGCUGGGUGCUUUCACCUCUGGGGCUGGGUCUCCACCCCCUCGAGGGGCCCUUCUGAGCCUUCUUUCUCUUUUCUUUACUGGAACUGCUUGGAAGUGGCUGUCCCAUUUGUGAGGAAACACAGAGAGCGAUUAGCAAACUUUCCUUUCUGUUUGUAGAUUGGUUUCCUUUUGCAGCUCCACUCUGCAACUAUGCAUUGUAUUUCAUAACCUUUGUGCUAGGUAGACAAACAAACGCCUGUGACUUUUUAACUUGGGGGGCGGGUGGGGUGGGGGGUCGAAAUGAAGGAGAUUUUUACAUGGAUCUUUUUAAUCUCAGUUGAUUGGGGGAGGGGGGUAUUUGGUUCUAGGGUCAUACAAGCUCUAUCCCAAAGCAAAAUCCAAAUGUUAAUAAUAUUAGCCUGAUGCAGAUACCAAAGACAAUUUCUUUCCUGCAGAACCUUAGACUUGUGUAUUAAGUACGAUUACCCAGCACUUGCAUUAGCCUAACCUCAGUAAUUCCAAAGCUUAGAUGUAUAUUUUGGUAUAUUUCCAGGAUAUUAAAAGAAAAAUGUCGUUUAACUUCUUGUCUGUUUCAGUGUAAUGCUCUUAAAGUCAUAGCAUGAAAAACUUGGCUGUCCUAUUCUUGGUAGUUUGAAAUAAUAGUAUUUUUGUAUGUUUUGGGUGUGUCUGUAUGUAUUAACAUAACAGUUUUCACUGCCUAGGUGUUCGUAAUAAAAAUGAAAGGUUCUGAGUGUACAUACUAGUCAAUAAUAAUCUCCACGGUGUCCACUUGAGCGUGGAGUCACUGAUGACUGCCCAGCUGGGGUCUGGUUUUAAAGAGACAGUGAUUGUGUUUUUCUAAAGAUGUUUAUUUCUGUCUUUAAAUACCUUAACUUCCCCACUCCCCCCUUUUAAUUAAUAUUGAUUCAGGGGUGUUUUUCCACUGUUGUCAGGGAGGGACACAAGGGGAAUUGGCACCUUGACCUCCCAAAUGUUACUUUGUGUUCUUUAAAAUGUGACUUUGAGUUCUGUUUGUGGAAACUUACAAUAUGAUGUACAUGAUUCUUUCCAGGAUUGUCCAACAGCUGUACUGAAGCAGUGGCAAUUCCUGGGUAGUUUAUUGGGUGUCCUCUUGCAUUUCUCCUUAAGAUGACUCUGCAGUCUGGGUGGCUAUUGUGUAGCCUCACUGCCCCAGGGCGCCUGUAACCAUUUCUCCUCCGACGGGAAUAUUUUCUAAAAAUCAACCGAUAAUUCGGAGCACUGGCCCUGGGAAACCUGAAACACAGCAAUUCUGCUUGUUGGGGAUUAGCUGAUCCCUCCAGAGGCCUGGGGAAUGGUGGGGACUAUGAGCGGUGCUGUCUCUUUAGAAGUGCCCUUUAUGUGAUUCCCCUUCUGGGGCUGCCAGAGGGGCCAGGGGCUUGGGAGAGGUGCUGUGGGUGCCGGUGAGUCCGAAUGAAGUGGCGGGUUUGUGUAGAUGCAUUUGUCUGCUGUAAUUUUUAUAUAUAUCAAACUUACUGUGACUGCACAGCUCCAUUUCUGUUGUAAAACAUUAAACCGUGUUCCAAGUGUU